CCGCACCCACCUCAAACACCCACGAUACAUCACAACAUCACUUCUUCCCAUCACGACAGCCACCACUGAUACUGUCUGGAAUCAUCUCAGUCAGUAUCAAUGCCACCAGCCAGCUAGUCGUAUGAGUUCUGCUGGCCCUCCCGCGAUCGACUUCCAACCUCCGGGCUCCGAUGACACGGCGUUCUGGGCCAAUUUUGCUGCAGAAUUUCGACUUAAAUUUGGCGAUAUGACGUCGACCACUUCCACUGCCACGCCGGUCCGGCAUGUCUUCGAAUCCAGGGUCAUGGAGACCAAGGCUCCCAAGAGCGAUAUAAACCUCCUGAUUCUGGACUACUUGACAAUGGAGGGCUACCCUCUGGCAGCCGCCAAGUUCUCGAAAGAGGCAAACCUUCAACCCCGGCAAGAGGAUCCCGCUAUUAAGGCCCGGCAGCAGAUCAAAAACUCGAUCCACCAGGGAAACAUCAUGGAGGCUAUUGAGGCCCUGAACGAAUUAGAUCCUGAGAUCUUGGACAAGGACGCUCGUCUCCACUUUGCGUUGCUCCGACUACAGCUUAUUGAGCUGAUUCGCAACUCUGAAGACGGUGACAAAAGCAUGCUGCAUGCGAUUCACUUCGCGUCGCAGCAGCUUGGUCCUCGUGCGCCUAAGAACUCCGAGUUCUUGGAGCAGCUCGAGCAGACCAUGGCCUUGUUCCUUUAUCCCAGAAACGAGUUGAGGCCAGAGCAGCAGGCGCUUCUACACCCCGACCUACGAAGAGAGGUUGCGGACAAGGUCAAUAUGGCGAUUAUUCUUCGCCAGACCAAACGUCGCGAGGCAGCCAUCCGACAGCUUGUCAAGGUGCGGACCUGGGCAGAGGAUUCUGCACGCAGCGCACGCAAGGACCUGCCCGAGCGGCUGGGGCUUGGGCUGAAUGGCGACGACCCCGAUGGCACCUCCCACGAGAAUGGGUCUGAGGCUAUGAUCACAACCUAGCAUGAACCCAUACCUCGGGACUCACGCGGGGUGAGAAUCCUUUCUUAUGACCCGUAACGCUUCUUUGUUCCAUGAUUUGUUCUUCUCAUUUUUUACGGUGUUUGGGUAGGGCUGGAUUUUACUUUCGGUGGGUAAGGCAGAGUUACUGGCGUUCAGGUCCGCCAAGAGCGAUUUUACAAUGGGCGGAAGCGAUACAGAGGAUACCCUCGGCGUUCUUUGGAGAGGUACCAGAUGAUACUGGAAUGGCAUUUUCAUGCAAAAUUGUCUUAACGAGUUAUGAUUCAAAUGUUAUUACGCUACCAUGGCCUCUCAGAGGUGUUAUGAGUAGCUGUGUCAGUA